CGCUUGCAAGUGGGGAAAAAGAUUUAAGCAAAAUGAAUCAUCAUCAAGAAAGACUUCUUGAACCAGAAGGAGAAGCUCAUAAAAAAGGUGAUUUGAAAUUGAGAAUUUGUGAAGAAAAUAAGAAAAUAUGGAGAGUCGGAUUUCCUGCUAUGUUAGCAAGAUCAACACAGUACGGAAUGCUUGUAGUAACACAAGCAUUCAUCGGACGUAUCGGAGAGGUUGAUCUCGCGGGUUACGCGCUUAUUCAAAUAAUCGCUAUUGGCUUCGCAAAUGGGAUUUUACUAGGGAUGUCGAGCGCAACGGAAACUCUGUGCGGCCAAGCAUUUGGCGCUAAACAAUACCACAUGAUGGGGAUCUACGUACAAAGAUCAUGCAUCAUUAAUCUUGUUGCCGGGACAAUUUUACUCCCGCUCUUCAUCUUCUCCGCUAAAAUCUUCAAAUUACUCGGAGUAGACGAAGAAAUUGCGGAAAGAGCAGGAUACAUCUGCUUGUGGUUCAUUCCUAUUCUCUAUUAUUUUGUAUUUUCUUAUACUCUGCAGAAAUACUUGCAAAGUCAGCUCAAGAACUGGAUUGUUGGGUGGCUAUCGGCUGCUGCGUUUGCACUACAUGUGGUUCUGUCAUGGAUUUUUGUCAGCAAGUUAAAUUGGGGAAUUCCUGGAGCUAUGAGUGCUUUGAUUAUAUCAAGUUGGUCAAUCAUUAUCGGUACAAUGAUUUACAUAACUUGCGGUUGGUGUCCGAAUACGUGGAAAGGGUUUACUUUAGCUGCCUUUUCUGAUUUAGUUCCUGUUCUUAAGCUCUCUGUAUCAUCAGGUAUCAUGCUUUGCUUAGAGCUUUGGUACACUGCUAUAUUAGUGCUGCUGGCUGGGUAUAUGAAGAAUGCAGCAACUCAAGUAUCUGCUCUAUCAAUUUGCGUCAAUAUCACAGUUUGGGAAUUCAUCUUAUGCAUUGGCUUCUUAGCUUCCGCAAGCGUACGAGUUUCAAAUGAAUUAGGAAAAGGAGAUGCUAAAGCAGUCAAAUUUGCAAUUAAAGUACUCAUCACAGAAUCAACCUGUGUGGGAAUUUUAUUUUUCGUUUUGUGUUUAGCGUUGGACCGCCAAAUUGCGAGAUUGUUCACAAAUGAAGCAAAUGUGAUUGAAGCUGUGUCCAAGCUUUCUUUUCUGCUUGCUUUGUCUGUUCUACUUAAUAGCUUUCAAGCAGUAUUUUCAGGAGUGGCAGUAGGUUCCGGUAGACAAACUACAGUUGCAAUUAUUAACAUAUGCAGCUAUUAUAUAAUUGGCGUUCCGAUUGGCAUUAUUCUUGGAUAUGUUGCUCAUAUGCAAAUAACGGGUAUAUGGAUUGGAAUGGUGAUUGGAGUUAUAAUGCAAGUUAUAGCACUUAGUUUCAUGAUAUUCACAACAAAUUGGGAUGAACAGGUAAAAAAAGCUUCAGAACGUCUCGAUCGUUGGCUAUUAAAACCAUCAGAUGAAUCUAAUAACAUAAUAAUUCCAUCAGAGAAAAAUUGAAUCAAAAAUAAAUUUCGUUUGUUUUUAAAGAACUGUCGGCCUAUAUUGCGCGUAUAAUUUUUAUUUAUGGUAGCUGAGUAGGUUACGAAAUUAUCAUGUGGGACUUGGUCAAGUGGUGCGUUCAUAAUGUUAUAUUUUAGGCUCAACACAUCACAUUCAUUCACAUCAUGGCUGUAACGUUUGAUGAUCGACUUUAAAUGUGAUGCAAUUAAUGAAUUUUAUUAUUAUUAUCAAACGAAAUUAAUUC